AGAGAGAGAGAGAGGUGCGCAGAGAACGAUGAGUUACCUAAUGACGACGCUGACGAAAAAGCGAGAGGUGGACACAAUCAUCAGAGACACCAUCGACAAGGUCCUCGUCCUCCGUUUCGGCCGCGCUUCCGACCCUGUCUGUCUCCAUCUCGACGACCUCCUUCGUAAAUCCUCUCGGGAGGUUUCUAAGUUUGCGACGGUGGCACUCGUAGAUAUCGAUUCCGAGGAAAUUCAAGUUUAUGUCAAUUAUUUUGACAUUUCUUUUAUACCGUCUACUAUUUUCUUCUUCAAUGCUCACCACAUGAAGAUGGAUUCAGGUACUGCAGAUCAUACUAAAUGGGUAGGUGCAUUUCAUAAGAAGCAAGAUUUCAUUGAUGUUGUGGAGGCAAUAUAUAGAGGGGCGAUGAAAGGCAAGCUGAUAGUGAGUUGCCCUCUGCCUUCAGAGCGAAUACCAAAGUAUCAACUGUUGUACAAGGAUGUGUAGAAGGUGGAUUACCCUGGUAAAGUCUCAGCGAAGCAUUUUUAUUAUCCUACAUGAUACACCUUGCUCUAAAAGAACACCGAGCUCUUUUGUAAGGGCACUUCCACAUUAAUUUGUUGGAAUAUGAAUAUUUCUACUUAGUGAGGAGGUUGUUCUUUUGUGGGGAGCCUUGAGUGACAUUCUGCUAGCCUCUGAGAUCCAUAAUGAUUCACCCAUGUAAAUUAGAAAUGUAUUCCGAGUGGACUUCAAAAAUAUUGACAAGGAGAUAAAGAUCAUUUCAGAAUCUUAUUUCCAUAAUUUAUUUUAUUUAUUAGUGUCUCUAGAAAAGACAUUAUGUAUAUCUUGCGAAAGAAAUAUAGUGAAAAUAGAAAGUAACAUGCAGUGUACAUUGAAACAAGGCGUGGCCUGAUAUGUAAUACAAGGAUACACAAAGUGCAUCUAUUGGGGCA